AUGCCCUAUGAUAAAAUUGGCAAUCGAAUUUACAAGCACAGAGGAGUAAUAAAAGAUGUGGCAACUAGAUUCCGUAAAAGUUAUGCUUUAACUAAUAAGUCAUCAAUAUCAUUAGCUAAAAUGUUUACGAAAAUUUAUAGUGAUCUGAAUUGCCCCCUUACCUGGCCUAAAGUUUUAAUUGUGGAUAAAGGUACUAAAUACUUAGGUGAGUGCAAAGAUUUAUUACUUAGCCGUGGUGUAAAAAUUCAGUAUGCUGUAACUAAGGAAGGUGUUGCUAUUGCUGAGCCUGAUCAUCAAGAAUUUGAAAAACAUGCUUUUUAUAGACAAGAUGCUGUAGAUUUUCGUUUACCAUUAAGUGAGAGAUGUAGAGCUUGGGUUAAAGGCCUUUGCAUAAAUGAUGAUACUUUUAAUAAUACUGUUACUAGAUUAAUACAUAUGACUCCUAAUGAGGCUGUAAAAAGAGCAUUAAAAGGUAAAAAAAUAUUUGCAGAGCCGGCAGUAAAACAUAGAAGACCUGUUGGAUUUGAAGAACCACGUUUGUCUUAUAAAGAUUUUGUUCGAUAUUUACUUAAACCUGGUGAAUUAGAAUAUGGUCCACCUAUAAGACGGAUUACAGAUAAAAAUUGGUCUCCUCAGGUUUAUCGGAUUGAAAGUACUUUAAUUCGUGAAGGUCAACCUGUUAUGUAUAAAUUAGAAGGUGGACCAAAAAAAAAAUUUGUUCGUGAGCAAUUACAAUUAAUUAAGAAAGUUGAACUUCCUCCUACAUGGGUGCUUAAAUAA